CGGCGGUGCAGCCCAACACAGCAUCUGCCGUCGUAGUGAGGCUGCCCCACGCUCACCCUCUCCCGCGCCGCCACGCCCCACGGUGAUCCACGACCCUGCAGCCCACGCCCCCUGCACCGCGCACCCAUGCCUCCCUGGGCAGGCGAGGCGAGUGUGUGGACGUGUAGGGCGUGUGGCGCCUGAGCGAGGCCGCCCCGCCAGGCCAGGCUGUGUGUCGGCGCCCCGCCCCUCAAGGGCCCCUCCAACACACACACACAUGCAUAAACACUGAGCCUCGUAAAGCCCACAGGUUAGCCCCUAGUCGCCGGCGUGAAGGGCUUGUGAAGAUGUGACGGUGACGCACACAGGGCCCUAACAAGGUGGAGUGAUGGUGUCGCUGUGAGUGGAGGUGAUGGUGGAGGGGCUGGUGUUCCGUGGCCGGGGCGACAACAUGAGGGUGGAGGCCGGCGCCCUCAGCCUCCCGCUGCCCUCCCCGCCGCUCCCCCCGCGAGCCUCCCGCCUCGUAUGCCUCGUCGCAGCCACCGUCGCCUUCCUGCUGGGCGUGGCCGUCGGCGUCACCCUCCCCCUGGUGCUGUCCACACCGCCGCUCUCCUUCCCCACCCACUUCCACCACCUACAGCAGCAGCAGCAGCAGCAGCAGGUACAGGGCGUGGUGGAGGGCGCCAGCAUAGUGGAUGAGGGCGGUCGAGGCCUCCCGGCGCCUCUACACUCGUGGGCGGCCUCGGUGGCGGGCGACAGUGCCAACGCCACAGACUUCAUCCGCGAAGGCGGCGCCAACACCACCACCACCACCACCACCACAGCCACCACCACCGCCGCCACAACCACCACCACGGCGUGGGCGGGGUCUGAGCGCGACGCGCCUGACGUGGAUGGGUCGGCGGCGCUGCUGGUGGACGAGGUGUACUGGGGCGCCGCCGUGGAGGCCGCGCUGCCGCAGGGCUCGGACCACGAGGUGGCAGAGUGGCGGAAGUUCACGCGGCGGCAGGCGGUGGUGCGGCUGCAGGAGGGCUGUGGCCGUAUGCAGAACAGACUGGUGACCUUCGAGAACGGCACACGCUCUUGCUGCCGCUACCGCCAGAACCACGACCAGAUCCAGGGCGAGAUCUUCAGCUUCUAUCUGAGCCGCCUGCUGGGCCUCACCAACGUGCCGCCCUCGGCCCUGGGCGUGGUGCGGGCGGGGGCGUGGCAGUGGUCGGGCGUGGGCAGCCAGCUGGCCCUGGCGCAGUGGGCGGAGGAGCGGCCCGUGGUGCUGACGCGGUACGUGGAAGGCCUGGCGCCGGCCUUCAUUCCAGCCUCCCUGCGUCCAUCGCGCCGCCGCCUGCACCCGCUCACCGUGGAGGAGUGGGAUCCGCGGGACGUGGGGGCGCUGGCCGAGCUGGCGCAGUGGUCAGACCUCAUCAUCUUCGACUACCUCACCGCCAACCUGGACCGCGUGGUCAACAAUCUAUACAACAUGCAGUGGAACCCCAGCAUGAUGGAGGCGCCCGCCCACAACCUGGCGCGCCACGCUCCCUCCGGCCUGUUGGUCUUCCUGGACAACGAGUCAGGACUGCUGCACGGCUACCGCCUGCUGGACAAGUACGAGGCCUUCCACGCCUCCAUGCUGCAGGCACUAUGCGUGUUCCGCCGCACCACCGCAGACCGCGUGCGGCAGCUGGUGGCGCGCCAGGACGUGGGCGAUAGGCUGCGCAAGAUGUUCCGGCGGUACGAGCCAGACCUGCAGGAUUUCCUGCCGCCCAUCCCUGACAAGUCCGUCAAGAUCCUCAACGAGCGCCUGCACAACGUUCACAAGCAGAUCUCAAAGUGUGAGAAGAUGUACAUGAAUACGUGAGGCGCCGCGUCCCCCCACCCCCACCACACCCAACCCAAACCAACCCCGCCCCCCCCACCAAACACACACCAAAAACAGGCGUCCCCAACGGCGGCGCCCCCGCCCUGUGAUAUGCUACACACACGCCCGCCAUGGGCGUGUAGUUCGCGCUGCUCCGGGUGUGGGUUGCUGUGGCUGUGUCUCAUCUCUGCGGCGGAGGGCGUGACGAGGCGACGCCCCCGCCGCCGCGGGCCGUGCUGGUGGCCAUCUUGCCGCCGCUGCACUCACGGUUCCAUCUUAUGCUGUGCCCACUUAGUGCCCCUCCCUCCCCUCCCUUCCCUAUCCUCGCCCCUCCCUCCAUACCCCCCGCCCGGCCCCGGCCCCCACAGGCUUUCCGCCGCAGGCUCCACCCGGCGUGACCCGCGCCCCUAGACUCUUAGUCCCGCCGUGAGGGCACGCCGCCCCGCCCUGCCCCGCACGCACCACACUCACGCCAUGCCCGUGGGUCCCGCACGCCCGCCUGUCACCCGCCCGCGCCACACGCCGCGCCAUCCCGCCCACCAACUUCCGACGCUGCCUGCCGCCCCUUGUUCCACCGCCGCCCACGCCACGAGCCGCGCCACGCAAGUCUUCCUCGCGUCAUUUAAACCCAUCGCUCGCCAUCACGCCAAGGUGAGGCACGUCAUGGCGGCGGCGGCGGUGGCGGCUCAACACACACACACACACACACACACACACACACACACUGAGAGGCUGCGGUGCGGGUGAAGGUGCGGGCAUGCGAGGGAGUGGGCGUAGCGCUGCUGUGGCUGUGAUAGUGACGAGGACACCGCGAGAUACUGACGACUGUGAUGACAGGAGGAGGAGGAGGAGGAGGAGGAGGAGGAGGAGGAGGAGGAGGAGGAGGAGGAGGAG